AUGAGCCAUUAUUUCCCUCUUGCACCAGACGAUCACGACUGGGAAAGCCUUUCUUCGCGUCGUGAGAGCACCACCUCCACGUCCACCGUGUCCUCGUCAUCCACCAGUAUUCUCUUCCCGACCCCCGCAACCUCCCCCGGGGUCAGCUCGCGGAAGCAGUCCUGGCAGCUUUAUGACGAUGUGGUGCGGCUUCAGCUCAAUCCGUCCAUGACAAUUUCGUUUGUCAAGAAUGGACAGCAAUUCAAACUGCGAUAUACUUACAUUGAUGUCUGUAAGGAUGCUACGGGAGCCUUGAAAUGCCUUGAGCUUGGGGGAGGUCUCGGCCAGCAAGCUCCCUUUGUCCAUGCGUUCCAUAAUACAAAACUACCUGUCCCGCAUAUUGAACAUCCAAAAGAUGACGAGCGUUUCCCUCUUCGCAUCUCGUUUCUCGAACAGCAGACCGUGCAGGCUGCCCAUGUGGUUUUUAUGACCCAAUUAUCAUAUAAAUUCGAGAAUUGGCAAGAUUGUGUCCAAUUCCAGGAACUGCUUCUCAACGCCAAACUGAUCUUCUUGGGAGGCAUGGCUGAGGCCAAGUCGAAAGGCCGUGGGGAGGAAUGCAUCAGUCAAAAUCUUCGAAUCCUGCGCGGACAGAAUGGCAAGCGAGUGAUGCUCUUCUUUGCCAACUCCCAGCGAGGCCCGCUGAAACGAUACGUUUCCUUACCUCUCAACUGCGUGGAAAAUGUCAAACCUCCCAAGAAAGCCGGACGACCCGUUGUCGUCGAGCUCAACCCCAAUUUCGAUAUUCUGUCUCACAUGCGAAAUCUACAGAUCACAUUUCUAAAUCAUGACGGUCAGUGCUCACGUCUUUACUUGCCAUAUCCGAUCGAUGCCCAUGACGAAAGUCCGAGCCCGGCCGCUGACUCUCCACCAAACCUCUAG